UUUUUUUUUGUUUUCCGUGACGGAAUCGAUUUUCACCGAUAAUUUAUCACAUUUUUUAUAUCUACUAAUUUUUGGUUUCAAUUUAUUUUUUAUUUUUGCACAUUUUUAUAAUUUUUGUUCCUCCCAAAUAUUAAUUACUCUACAUUUAAUCAUUCCAUUUUUAUGAAAAAUUUUCUCCCAUCUUUUCGGUUAAAUUUGAAAAGUCCUUAUUUUUUUCUUUAACUUUUUAUCCGCAAUAAAAAGUCCUCAACUUUUUUUCCUCGAGAAAAUGUCCGCAACUUCUUGUCCGCAAUUUUUUACAAAAUUUUUUUGUCCGCAGCUGUUUGUCCGCACUUUUCUGUCCUCAACUUUUUGUCGGCAACAAAAAGUCCGCAGAUAUUUAUCUGCAAUAAAGGUCCUUAAUUUUUUAUCCGCAAUUUUUACACAAAUUUUUGUCCGCAAAUCUUUAUCAGCAAAUUUUUUGUUCGCAACUUCAAGUCCGCAAAUUUUUAUCCGCAAAAAAAUGUCUGCAAACUUUUUUUGAACAAUAAAAUGUCCGCAACUUUUGUCCGCAAAAAAGGCCUAACUUUUUAUCCGCAACUUUUUUUUGUCCGCAUCUUUUUUUGUCCGCAAUUUUUAUAUAUUUGUCCGCGUUAAAUUUAAUCAUCAAUUAAUUUUUUUUAGAUCAAUUUUAAAUUAAAAAAAAUUCUUUAUUUAAAUAAAUAAUUUAAAAAAUGUCUCUCGAAGAAAAAUUCCAAGCCGCAGUUGAUAUUGUUCAAAAAUUGCCUAAAGAAGGUCCUCUACAAACUUCAAACGAUCAAAAACUUAAAUUCUACUCGUUGUUCAAGCAAGCUACAAUUGGAAAUGUCAACACUGAGAGACCUGGAAUUUUUAGUCUUGUUGAACGGAAGAAAUGGGAUGCUUGGAAAGCUGUUGAAGGAAAAUCUAAGGAAGAAGCGCAACAGGCUUAUGUUGAGACUUUAUUGGAAAUGUUUGAUGAUAUUGGAGAGAAGUUCAACGUCGGUGAAUGGCUUGCUAAAUUGGAUCCUUCAAUUAAAUCAAAUUUGGCUAUUCUUGGCAAAAAUUAUUGAGAGGG